UCGUGCUGUCUCUCUCACUCUCACGGCGCCAUUCAAAUUUUAAGCUUGCAGUCGUCAAGUCAGCCGAAUGUCAAUCUCCUUGCUACAUGAAUGUUAUAAAAUUAAAUAAUAGCAGCGUAGAUGUAAAUAAUAAAUAAAUAUUAUAUGUGACGCACUAUGAAAAUUGUAAUAGUGUAUAAUAGUUUAAUUAUUACGUGAUACUUAAAAUUCUUUAUCGUAAAAAACUCAAAUCACAAAACUGAAAAAUCACUAUAAAAAAAAACGAGUAGACAAAAGGUAAAAACGGACACACACACGCAUCCGUACGGACAUUUUCCAAAAAGACCAUUUCUCGACUCAGAAUGCAUCAAAACACACUUCCCACACGUUUUUAGACAAACUCAAAAAAUCACUAUUACAAGGCUUCCUAGGAAGGAAUAAAUUAUAUCUAAAUAAAAUAUCACUUGCUCAUCAAAACCAAAAACCAAUAAAUGCAAAAUUGAAAUCCAAAACCAUCACUAUUUUUGGUACAAAAAAACCAAAUUUCUCGUUAAAAAUGUUUUGUAUAGACUUUUUACCUUGAUAAUCAUCAAAUUAUUUGUUUAUUUCUGCAAUUUUCCUUUAAUUUAUCUACAUCUGAAACUUUUACUAAUGUAUAAAGAUUUUCAUGAAUUUCGGACGUUAUUAUAACCUCUGAUUACUGAAUUUUCACAUUUAUUUACUCUAAUAACACUCGUGAUAAACAGAUUUACCGUAUCUCAUCACUGGGAAAUCUGUGAAAGGUCAAAUCAGGAUUUUUUGCCUUCGAUGUUCCACAAUCGGUGUAGACACAAAGUGCACGUGGAGGCGACAUGCUGACCACGAAAUCUUCUUCGCUAAACACGAUAAACCUAUCCAAAAAAAUCUCACGAAACUAGAACGAUGUACUUCCCUAUUCACUACUAUUAUUUAUCGCUAUUUGUUGCAAAAAAAAUCUGUAAACUGUCGACUACAAUGACCAACAAACACAGAGACUGCGGUAAAGCUCUCUUCGCGCUGUUUACACAGCAGGAUCGAGCGGGAAACUGACAGGAGCUGCGUUUUCGCGGUUUUUUCCUAGUCAGAAAAAUAUGGUUGUCGCAACCAAUACUUUUGUAAAACCUCCUUACACACUCAUUAUUCAUUUUCUUGUCAUUUAUUUACUUUCAUUAUUGUUAAAAAGUAUAUUUUACAUAAUAUACUGCAUGAAUGAUGAAUCGUCUGCUUGUGCGUGCUCAUAUGCGCGCCAAGCUGUAGGAAACUCAUAGGUGGCGCCGCCGAGCGGUUGGGUAACAGAACUAACGGCCUGUUACCCAAGCUUUCGUCCCCCCAUUUUAACCCAGAACCGUUCUUCUAUAGGAAGUCUAUAUUCGUUGGUUGUAUGGCUGUAUUGCACUUGCACCUGAUGGCUGAUCGAUGAGCUUUCGCAAGACACGCAUUUAAUUCGCGUUUACUUUUGCUUUUUUUCUCGGAUACUAGAUCGACUGGCUGAUCUACGUAGAGUUGACGAGAUCGAUCCACUAUCGCGAUCCAUUAGAACAAGAAAAGCGAUUAUUCUACUCUGGAUUUCAUUGAGAGACUACGAGAGCCACGAUAAGGUGUUACGAAGCAAGUUUUGAGAGAAAUACUGAUUUAGCAGCCUAGAGGAAGAGGUGCAGGAGUCGUGAUGGAGUACGUGUUGAUCAAGGACAUACGCCCCGGUCAGAAGAACAUCAACGUGGUGUUUAUCGUUCUCGAGGUUGGCCAUCCCACCAUCACCAAAGAGAACCGCGAAGUUCGAACGUUAAAAGUGGCUGACAGCACAGCGUGCAUGAAUGUAUCGAUCUGGGAUGAGCCAGGAACACUGCUGAUGCCGGGAGACAUUGUAAGACUGACCAAGGGCUAUGCAUCUGUUUGGAGAAAUUGCCUCACAUUGUAUUCGGGUAAAAAUGGGGAUAUACAGAAGAUUGGAGAUUUCUGCAUGGUCAUCAAUGAACAGUUAAACAUGAGCGAACCAAAUCCAACAUUAUCUAAUCAGCUGGUUGGUCAGGGAUCAAGUACAUCUGGCAGCAAUAACUCCAAUAACAAUGGCAAUAAUGGAGCUUCAGUAAGAUCUUCACUGACGACGCAAGCACCGGUGGCCACGACUUCGUCGGCAACCAGCAGCAAAGAAUCCGGCAAAGGUGGUAACGGAGGCGGUAAUUCUUCGCAGAGCACAACGGGUUCUUCCUCGUCCACAACCACAGCGACAACGGCCUCAUCCGGCAAGUCUUCUGGCAGCACAAAGAGCGGACCUCGUGGUCGGGGUAGUUACGGCCGUAACGCCAGUCGCAGUGAGCGCAGAUAACACUCGUCCACCGGCAAGUCAUCUGCUGCCUCUACCAGUAGUCCACCGCCUUCGGACAACUGAAUCAAUCAACGGACGAUCACGCACCGGAAUUUUCUGUAAUACACCCGUUCCCACUGGUUCAUUUUUAUUUCCGAUAGUGUCCUAGGUUUGUAGAUAUCAGUCGAGACGAUGCGUCGAUCUUUUUGUAGAUAUUGGAAUGGAAGUCGACGCAUUUGAUUUUUACGAUUAAUAUGGUUUAUUCAGUUGCGAUCGACUUAUUGGCUGUAGAAUAGUGAUCUUCCAAAUGAAGUUAAUAAGUAUGUCGCGCGGAUCGAUAACGCAUAAUUAUUUGUCUCAUUGUAUGCAGUGUACAAGGCAAAAUCGAAUUUUCACAUUUUAAACAACGUUUGGUGGCACCGGCUCAAAAUAGUUUAAUACACGAGAAAAAACAAAUUCAUUGCAUAAUUUACGACUUUUUAUGCACAGCAUUCACGCUUUUUGGUAAUUUAUUUUCUUGCUUCGCAAAUCUAAUUACAAAUGCGAUCGUCUGUAGCUCGGUUUAAUAGACUUAAGUGAGUCAUGCAAAAUCCUGUGUAGAAGAGCAUUAUGUAUUACGUGAGUUGACUCGAUACAAGCGCGAAUUUUUUCCCUAGAGAGGUAAACUUUGUUUCGUACAUAUAGUCACGAGUCGCCUUCCUCCAGAAGUAUAUGCGACUUUUUAGUCAUGAAUUGCACGUUACGUCGUGCUAUUGUGUUUACCUGUGAGAACAUUGUUCUCUUUUAAUUCACGUAUAUUUUUUUUUCUACUGCUUUACGAUCAUUUUACGGCAUACAUAGUGAUUCUGUAAAAAUAAUGGACAGUAAUACACAUCUAUAUUUUCAUUUGAAAUACUUUUUUGAGUAAGCAUAAUUUACACCCCUUUAAAAUAGAAAAUAUGUAACUUGUAGUGAAAUAGUGGAAAAAUAAACUGGCAGUAACUUCGUGAUACUAUCGUGUAAUAAAUCGCGACCAGAAUAUGGACAAUGACAAACGCAUGAGCGUUACUCACGUAAUUAAUAACUUCGCGAUUAUACUUGGUAUUGGAAACACUAUCUACAGUGUACAGUGCAAAACGAUAUAAGUAGAUUAUAAGUAUAAUUAAUGCAACAAGCCAAACCAGAAUCGCUUGCAAAUAUCGUCACAGACCGUCAAGUAAGAAUAACAAUUUGUGUAAGUUUUGCCAAACGUGUAUAUCAUAGGUUUUAUAAUAAAAUGAAAUUUUUCCCGA